GUGCUGACUGCGUCGUGAAAAAAACACUAUGGCCAUAGACAUAGGAAAAUAUAAUAUAUUUCCAUGUGUCUGUUCUACUCUACUCUCCAAAGCUACCUUAGCUACCUUUCCGCACCUUCCCACCCACCACCAGUGUUCACAACAAUGAUCGUGCCGGUUGUAUUUUAGGUUAAAUCACUCGUGUGAUCUCUUUAUCCUGUAGUUUAUAAACUCUUCAACGGAGUAAAAAUGGACAAUAAAAUAACGAUAUGCGAUCCUGACGAGGAGGAACUAGUUAAUGCUGUAUUACGCGAUGUCGAACCGAACAUGUGGAUCAAUGAUGAUCCAAAUUACGAUUUGGACGAAGUUAACAUGUUUUUUCACAGAGUCGACUCGGAUCAAAUUAUAUACGAGGAAAAAAGGAAAAAGUGUAAAUUUAUCGGCAAAUAUGUCAUGGGCGAUGUUCUCGGUGAAGGUAGUUAUGGAAAGGUGAAAGAAGUGCUGGAUUCGCAGACGCUUUGCCGAAGAGCGGUCAAAAUACUAAAGAAAAGGAAACUUCGAAGGAUACCGAACGGAGAACAGAACGUUCAACGGGAGAUAAAAUUGUUAAGAAUAUUAAAACAUAAGAAUGUAAUAAAUCUCGUAGAUGUUUUAUACAGUGAUGAAAAAGAAAAGAUGUAUCUAGUUAUGGAAUUUUGUGCAUGUGGAUUGCAGGAUAUGUUGGAAAGCACGCCGACGAAGAAGCUUCCGCUUUGGCAGGCACAUGAUUAUUUCUGUCAAUUGUUGGAUGGCUUAGAAUAUCUUUACAGUAAAGGAAUCGUUCACAAAGACAUAAAACCUGGAAAUUUGUUAUUAACCCUAGAUGGUACCUUGAAGAUUAGUGACUUUGGUGUCGCCGAGGCAUUAGACAUGUUUUCCAAAGACGAUACAUGUACGAUAGGUCAAGGAUCUCCAGCGUUUCAACCACCAGAAAUCGCAAACGGCUGCGAAAGUUUCUCAGGCUUUAAAGUAGACAUAUGGAGUAGCGGAGUUACAUUAUACAACAUAACUACUGGUUUAUAUCCUUUUGAGGGAGAUAAUAUAUAUAAAUUAUAUGAAAAUAUUGGAAGGGGUGAAUAUACUGUACCAAAAGAAGUAGAGGAACCUUUAAAGUCGCUCAUAGAGGGAAUGUUGCAGAAAGAUGCGGAUAAAAGAUUUACAUUACAACAGGUUAAAGGACAUGCGUGGACCAUGUGCGAGCACCCUAAAGAGCAACAGCAAGUACCUAUACCACCCCUUAAAAGCAAUGGAUGUCACAGCAUGACCGUCCUGCCAUACCUAAUGGAAUAUCAUUAUGGAGUCGAUGACAAUCCCAUAUACUAUACUGAACAUCAGUUGAAUGAACGAAGACUUCAAGAAUUGGAUCGUAUUAGCGAGGAUCGAAAAACUAUGUGUAACAGCCAUCACGCCAAAUGCAACGUAAACAGUCAAAACAAACGAAGGUGGCGUAAGCCUAUUUCGUGCAUUAGUAUUAAAAGAUUUCCAUCCUGUAAACCAUCGUGAUUUCGUUGAUCGUGUCGCAUAUUUUUUUUCGUUCGUAUCUUACUGACUGUGUCAGUUGUAAAAUACUUCUCUGGUGAGGAAACGACUGAAAGCUCGAAGAAUGCAAAGAAUUGCAUGCGAGACAUAUGCGUAAUCUAAUAUAGUAGCAUGAAUAAAAUGCGAAACUUUCGAGUUACAGUUGAAAAGUGUAAAGUGGGAUGUAAAGAUUGUGAUAUUAAGAUUAAAUCGUGUAGCGUGAAUUAUUAAUUCAAUGACAUCAUUAUUGAUCGUUCAAUGCCUAGGAGAUGCCUGUUCAAUGCCCAAUCAAAGUCAUAUUUCGUUUUGGUGCCAUACAUAUUGACAACGCGAUUAAUAAAGUUGUUAAUCGUCAC